AAACAAAACAGCGGGCGGCUGGGAAGAGGAUCGAGGAGGUCUGAAGGCCGGAAGGAGAUCAGAAGACGACGAUGGUGACGGUGAAAGAAGAGACCCGAAAGGGCCCGUGGACGGAGCAGGAGGACCAGCAACUGGUAUGCUUUGUGGGCUUAUUCGGGGAACGUCGUUGGGAUUUCAUAGCCAAAGUCUCAGGUCUCAACAGAACAGGCAAGAGUUGCAGGUUACGCUGGGUUAAUUACCUGCACCCGGGUCUCAAGCGCGGCCGGAUGACCCCUCAGGAAGAGCGCCUCAUCCUCGAGCUCCAUUCCCGCUGGGGAAAUAGGUGGUCUAGGAUUGCUCGAAAGCUCCCCGGUCGCACCGAUAAUGAGAUCAAGAACUACUGGAGGACUCAUAUGAGAAAAAAGGCCCAAGAGAGAAAGAGAGAGGCGAUUUCUCCUUCGUCAUCUUCGUCGUCGCUGACCUAUCAGUCUCCCUCUCUAAGUGAACCACCAUCAGAAGUUGGGCUCGAGCGGCAGCAUGAGCUUAACAAGGCCGGUGGUUGCUGCUGCAUGACUGCAGGGUUGGACGAGGAGGAGGAAGGUGCCAAGGGAUACUACUCCAUGGAUCAGAUCUGGAAUGAGCUUGCUACUACACCUGAAGCAAUCAGCGGGCUGAGCUUGGAGGAAUGUAAGGUUGAAGUAUGUGAUACUUCCUGGCCUCCAAUGCCCUCUCCUAUUUGGGAGUACAGCUCUGAACCGCUCUGGAAGAUGGAUGAUGAAGAGUUCAAGAUGUUUCCUCCCGUCGAUGACCUUUUGGUCUCUAACUACCAACACGGUAGAGAGUUUUGUAACUGAAGAGAUUAUACUUGGUUCCUCUCUUGCUCCUUGUUUAUAGUUGUGAAAUGGCUUUGAAGUAGAACCUCUGUUAGGAUAAAGCUAUUUCUCUUGUAAAAUUUAGGUAUGCUUAAUGAGUUAUAAAAACCUAUUGUGUGUUGCUAA